AACAUGCCAAACAGAGAAUCUCUAUGGUACCAACUACUCCUACUAAACAAGAAAAAGAGGGACGGAUAAAAGUCUAUUAUGAUGUGUUGUUAUAUACACACAGCGAAGGAAUACAAUACGUAAGUGCCCAGAAAGUGGAAAAGGAAAAGUAAGCGCCCCCCCCCCCCCCCACCCCCCCUCGCUACCCCCCAAAAAAAAACAGCAAAAAAAAAAAAAGAGAGGGAGCCAGCAAAAACUUGGCAACUUUCUCUGCAAGCACAAGUUGUGUUCAUCGAUCAUCAAAAUAUAGUAGUAGGUAAAAUAGCCUUGGUUGUUCGGGUUAGCUCUCCAGUUUCUUCUGAUUCGCUAUCGCUUCAUCAGCCAAAAAUGGGACAAGCCUUUCGCAAGCUGUUCGAUACCUUCUUCGGCAAUUCUGAGAUGAGGGUUGUAAUGCUUGGGCUUGAUGCGGCUGGAAAAACAACUAUAUUAUAUAAACUGCACGUAGGAGAAGUUCUAUCAACAGUUCCUACCAUCGGAUUCAAUGUGGAAAAAGUGCAGUACAAAAAUGUAAUUUUUACUGUGUGGGAUGUUGGUGGACAAGAGAAAUUAAGACCACUCUGGAGGCACUACUUCAAUAACACAGAUGGACUGAUUUAUGUCGUCGAUUCUUUGGAUCGAGAGAGGAUUGGAAAGGCAAAACUAGAAUUUCAGGCCAUUAUCAGAGAUCCAUUUAUGCUUAAUGCAAUCAUCUUGGUUUUUGCUAACAAACAAGACAUGAGAGGAGCAAUGACACCAAUGGAAGUGUGUGAAGGCCUUGGUCUGUAUGAGCUUAAAAAUCGAAAAUGGCAUAUACAAGGUACAUGUGCACUUAGAGGGGAUGGCCUAUACGAGGGAUUGGACUGGUUAGCCAGCACUUUGAAAGAACACAAGGCCGCUGGAUACUCUUCAAUAGGCCCUUCAUCCUUCUGAGUGAUCAGACUUACUAAUGAACUUGAACCUCUUUUUCGAGGAGCACCACUGCAUAUCCGGCUGUUUAUAAAUUGGAGGAUCAUGAAAUCGCAAUGAUAGUUUUUACCCUUGUAUUUUUUAAUGUUAGUCUUGUUUCCUGGCUUAGUGUGAUUCUUGAUCUUUGAUUCUGAUGUAAAUUGAAACCUCGGAAUUACAGUUCAUGUUAACCAGACGUAGCAAAUGCUUCUGUUGAUACCAACUGCAGUAUGCUUCCAUGUGAAUAUGGUGACUAAUCUAGUCAACACAUGCUCAAUACAGAAGGCAAACACGAGUUUAUUUUAGCUUCA